CAGCGAGAGCGAGAGGCUAUAGCAGCUGCGGGGACGUACAAUCUGGAAAACAAGGAACUUUCAUCAUGGAAGUUGAUAUUAAUGGAGAUGGUAGGACUACUAUUUCUUCUUUGCCAAUACAAGAAAGGAAUUCACAAACAAAAAAUGAAGCAGAGAAACCUCGCUGUUCAAGCACGCCAUGUUCUCCAAUUCGUAGAACGGUGGCAGGUUAUCAGAUCCUUCAUAUGGAUUCCAAUUAUUUGGUUGGGUUUGCUACAGGUGAGGAGCUUCUAAAAUUAGCUCAUAAAUGUGCCGGCACAGAAGAGAAUUCUGCCGAACCUUUGCCAUGCAUUCGCUCCAAGCAACAUGAUUCAGGAUUUUCUCGAUCAUCUCGCUUAUACAAAGCUAGAGGAAGACACUUCCAACCAUAUGAGAUCCCUUCUGUCAAUGGAAGACGACGACGACGUAUGCCAAGCUCAGGUGAUAAGUGCAAUAAAGGUAUUCCUUAUGAAUCCUACAAGGCUGUUCAUGGUCCAUUGCCACUUUGCCUUUUUAAGGGUAAAAGAGUGCAUUCAAAGUCAUUGGACUACCUCAACUUAGAUAAAAUGAACAUCAAGGAAUCGGCAGACACAGAAGUGUUGCAGUACCAACUUCAGCACCUUACUCUGAGAGGAGACCGAGUGUUUUCAAGAAAUAAUACAUGAAGUAAUCUUAGAGAUUUAGUUGGCAUUUUCCUAUAUAAGUGCACAUGAAGAAAACACAAGAACAAUCUGUUCUAUGUGUGAUGGUUUUAUGUUGCAUUGGUAGCAGCGAAUCUAGGAAUAGAAAACAAAAUCCUAAAACUUUAAUUAUUUUGAAAUUGAACAGUGUGCUGAAGAUGAUUGACAAAAUACUUUGAUAGUAAAUAUUUGAUCAGGUACAUGACGUGUUCAACCAAUUCUGCUAUUGAAAGGUUAUUAACUGGUUUUGCUGUGGAUUUAACAAACCACGUAUUGUUUUCUACAGAAAUGUUCUAUACAUACAACAGCCAUGUUAAAUGCAGGGAUCAUUAGGUAAACUCUUCAGAGUAAAUUGUUUAAAAUAAGCUGGAUUUAUACUAGGUAACAAUGUUGUGGUUGGUGAAGUAAAAUUUGGUAAUGACUAAAAUAUAAAAUGUUUGUGAAUAAUAUUUUGAUAUUGAAAAUAUUUGUGACUUUCAUUUGAGUGUCUUAAGAUUGCUCAAGCAGGAUUUAAAUGUAACUAAACAUUAGAACAUAUAGAACGUUUUGGUUUAUUAUUCAAAUUCUUAACUGCACAUGUAAUAGCUAUUCAAAUUCAAUCUGCAUUGUUAUCAAACCACAACCUAUAGAAAAAUGUUCAUAUAUUUGUCAUCUUGUUUAGAUGUCCUUUUGCACUUUGUUGUGGUUUUAUUUUCUCUGCUGAAACAAAACAAAAAAAGUAAAACUUUUAAUUCAAACCCAGAACAAA